AUGGUCAAGAUGGCGUUGGCGGUGGCUGUGGCGAGGGUUUGGGAGCGCAGUCAAGGCUUGGGCCAGGCUGGCCUCCUGCUUCUGCGGCGGCUUGGGGCUCGGGGUCUGGCUAGAUCUGGUCAGCCUUCCUUUAGGUUGAUGAGAGCUUUCACAGCAGAAAUCUAAUUGGGAGCCCCUCUUAAGGGGAAGAGAGGCAGUGGGCUGCAGAAGAGCUGUGGAUUGUUUUCACAUCACCCCCAGAGACAGCAGCAGCAGCAGCACUUCUCCUCCCUGGAUGACAAGCCCCAGUUCCCAGGGGCCUCAGCGGAGUUUAUAGACAAGCUAGAAUUCAUCCAGCCGAAUGUCAUCUCUGGGAUUCCCAUCUAUCGUGUCAUGGACCGGCAGGGCCAGAUCAUCAACCCCAGCGAGGAUCCCCACUUGCCCCAGGAGAAGGUGCUCAAGUUCUACAAGAGCAUGACACUGCUCAACACCAUGGACCGCAUCCUCUACGAGUCCCAGAGGCAGGGCCGGAUAUCCUUCUACAUGACCAACUAUGGCGAGGAGGGCACGCACGUGGGCAGUGCAGCAGCCCUGGACAACACCGACCUGGUGUUUGGCCAGUACCGGGAGGCAGGUGUGCUCAUGUACCGGGACUACCCCCUGGAGCUGUUCAUGGCCCAGUGCUACAGCAACGUGAGCGACCUGGGCAAGGGCCGCCAGAUGCCCGUCCACUACGGCUGCAGGGAGCGCCACUUCGUCACUAUCUCCUCUCCACUGGCCACGCAGAUCCCUCAGGCGGUGGGGGCGGCCUACGCAGCCAAGCGGGCCAAUGCCAACAGGGUUGUCAUCUGUUACUUCGGAGAGGGGGCGGCCAGUGAGGGGGACGCCCAUGCCGGCUUCAACUUCGCCGCCACCCUGGAGUGCCCCAUCAUCUUCUUUUGCCGGAACAAUGGCUAUGCCAUCUCCACGCCCACCUCCGAGCAGUACCGCGGGGAUGGCAUCGCGGCUCGAGGCCCCGGGUACGGCAUCCUGUCCAUCCGCGUGGACGGCAAUGACGUGUUCGCCGUGUACAACGCCACCAAGGAGGCCCGGCGGCGGGCUGUGGCAGAGAACCAGCCCUUCCUCAUUGAGGCCAUGACCUACAGGAUCGGGCACCACAGCACCAGUGAUGACAGCUCAGCGUACCGCUCGGUGGACGAGGUCAGUUACUGGGACAAGCAGGACCACCCCAUCUCCCGGCUGAGGCACUACCUGCAGAGUCGGGGCUGGUGGGACGACGAGCAGGAGAAGGCCUGGAGGAAGCAGUCCCGCAAGAAGGUGAUGGAGGCCUUUCAGCAGGCUGAGCGGAAGCUGAAGCCCAAUCCCAACCUGCUCUUCUCGGACGUGUAUCAGGAGAUGCCUGCGCAGCUCCGCAAGCAGCAGGAGUCUCUGGCCCGUCACCUCCAGACGUAUGGUGAACACUACCCCCUGGACCACUUUGAGAAGUGAGGCCACUGGCCCCACCCCUGCCCACCUCAGUGGCCCCAAGAGAGAGCUCCACCCCAAAGGGUGGAGCAGCUGGCAGGAUGCUGCCCUCUGCCCCAGGCAGCUCCCUCCGAAGUACUCAGGGGCCAGGGCAGUUCUGGGGGCUCCUGCUCACUAUCCCUGCUCCUCCAGACUGUUACAGUGGUGGGGCUUCUGUCGGCCCCUCUUUGCCUUUUGUUGCAAGGCCUUGGCGAGGGCUCCUGGACUGGAAGCCCUCUGGGCUGCGGGUGGACAUGGCAGUUCAGCCUGUGGAACUUGGGGUGAGAGGUGGUCAGUGCAUGAAUAAACUCUCUGCAUUUGGUCCCUUGCCA